UUGGAAGAAGACGGCAUGCCAACAGCUACUGCUACUAACUAGAAAAGCACACACACACACACACAGAUAGACAAACUAACAAAAAUAUGUCUAUGUACAUAUCCACAUUGAGGUGCACAUAUAAAAAAUCCAAAUCGAUUGAUAGUCUAGUUAGGUGCUCGCUCUGCUGAUAAGAUAGAAGACGCGCGCCCCGUGCAAAAGUGACACCAAGAAUUUGCCAACGAUUACACAAUUGUUAGACUGUUGGAGAGGCAAGCAUGAGCAGCAGCGGCAACAGCAGCAGCGUUGAGGAGAAGCUCAAGAAUGGCCACAGCACUGGAGAAUCACUGAAGCCGCUGGCCAGCGAGCAAAUCAAUGCACAGCGUCGACUUUUUCUCAACAGCACCAUCAAUGAGGAGCACCACACCGAUGAUAGUCAGCAGGCGAUAGAGACGGUAACGGCAACGGUACCGGAAACGGCAAUGGCAAUGGCAACAGCAACGCUAAUCGCGGAAUCGCCAACACCAGAGCUGAGAAAACGGCAGCCGCCCUGCACCUUGGGACUGAAUGUUAAAUACGCUACGUUGCCGAGUCCCUCAGUGGCGGCAACUACGGCUAUGCGCUCGCCGCUCUCUCCGCCACCCAAGCCGCCCAUGCUGAGUCGCACGCGCAGCACAGGCUCUGGCGACAGUCGCACGCCACUGACCAAUGGCGAAAGUCUCGCGCAACGUCACAGCGUCAACGAUGCCGUCCUUGCAGCAGCAGCAGCAGCUCCAGCUCCAGCUUCAAACCCACCGUCAACCAUCACAGCUGCAACAUCAGCAGCUCAAGCCACAGUCAGCGCUACGCCGGAUACAGCGACGCCCAGCAUAUCAGCCAAGCACUAUGAAAGCCUGAUUGAGGAGCUGCGCUGUCCCGGCUGCGCCUCACCCAUGAAAUCACCGGUGCUGCUUUGCAAGAGCGGCCACAGCAUCUGUGAGCAGUGCACCCGUAUUCUGCUCAUGUGCCCACUCUGCAAGGAGGGAUUCACCAACUGCCGCUCGCUGACCGUGGAGGCGUUAUGUGCGAAGGCGCACUUUGGCUGCAGUCACGCCUCGGGCGGCUGCCAGGCGCGCAUGCCGGUGGCGUUGCUGCCUUGGCAUGAGCAGCAGUGCAUCUACAAGCCGAUGAAAUGCUUCAUGGGACGCGUGUGGGGCGAGUGCAAGUGGCAGGGGCGCGAGGUGCAGUGGAAGCAGCAUCUGGAGGAGCAGCACACGGACAAGCUGUUCCGGGCGGCGAGCGUGGAUCUGGUGUGGGAUAUGAGUCAGCGCAGCAAACCGCUCACCGGCUACUAUGUGUUCCAGGCGCACGAGGAGAUGUUCAACUUCUAUGAGAUACACGACAAGCAGCGCAUACUCUUCACCAUGACAUGCACCUCGAAUCGUCGCGAGAGCAAGUACAACUAUGCCUACGAGGUGACGCUACUGCAGCCGGACAACGAUGCGCUCUCGCUGACGCAGAAGUUUCCCGUGCACAGCGAGUACGACAAGGAUAUACUCAUGGACGGCACAUGCGUAAGCAUUAACGUCAACGAGCUGGCGCGCUUUCUGGAUGAGGACAGGCUGCUGCAUUAUAGAGUGAGCGUAGUGGCUGUCAACUCGCCACGUCGCAUUAAGCCGGCACGCCAGAGCGCUCCCAUGGCCAUUGACUAUCAGCAAUCCGGCAAUGUGGCCGUCAAUGGCAAGAGCGUCCCCGCCAGCAUGAUAAUUACACGCACGUAUAAGGAAGCGCUCGGCGAAACAGGGACGGAAGAGUGCCAGGAGCUGGAGCGCAAGUGGGGCACACCGCAGCUGCACUUUAACCGCAAAUACUUGAGAAACUCCAGCAGCGCCGAGGCCAGCACGCCUGCUGCGGCGGAGGAUGUGUUAACGCCUCUGACGGACAAGCGAUCCGCUGCUCUAUACAACGAGGACAAGCUCAGCCUGUGCAGCAACACCAGUUACACCAAGAAGGUAUCACAGUCACUGCGUCGCAGUUUCCGCACGCUCAAAGUGGAGCUCGCCGAGCUGCGUCCCUUUGCCAAAAAGUCCAGUCCGACCAAAAGCUCGCCCAGCAGUGUGGACAAAGCCGUAGACACUUGAAAAGGUAUUGACUAUAGCUGGGCCCAUGUAAGUGGCUCUUCUUUUUUUAACAUUAACUGUCAGUAUAGCUAUAGCUGAAAAAUAACUGAGAUAACCCACUGAGGAUUGACUUGGAAUCCAAUGAGCAUUCCGUUAACUUAAAUAAAAGUACAGUUUAUUAUGA